AUGGGAGCCAAGCUUCAUCAACUGCGCAUCGCCGUUUGGGGCGAAGCGCCCGACAGUCCAGAAGAGAGAAAGCUGCUGAGAAAGAUAGACUUCUUCAUUCUCACUUACUGCUGCGUUGCCUUCUUCUUCAACUACUUGGACCGAGCGGUCCUUGCCAACGCCUAUGUGUCCGGCAUGAGAGAAGACGUUGGCCUGACUGGCAACGAAUACAAUCUAUUGGUCACUUGUUUGUCCGUUGGCUAUAUCGUCGGUCAGGUUCCACACGGCCUCGUUAUACAGAAAGUUGCACCGCGAAUAUGGUUCCCUCUCAUGACGCUGCUCUGGGCCGGGCUCACCAUGGUUUGCGCGGCGUGCAAUACUUUCUCCCAGCUAGCAGCCGUCCGCUUCCUACAAGGCAUCGCUGAGGCGUCGACUUACAGCGGAACGCAAUACAUCAUCGGUAGUUGGUACAAGGGACCAGAAGUUGGCAAGCGAAUCGGUCUUUUCCAAGCUUCUGGAAUGGCGGGAACCAUGUUUGCCGGCCUCUUGAUGACGGCUAUCUGGAAAACGAUGAACGGCUUGGCUGGUCUGCCUGGCUGGCGAUGGUCAUUCAUCAUCGACGGCAUCAUCACCAUUCCGGUGGCCAUAUUCGGCUUUGCCUUCUUCCCUGACCUGCCAGAGUCAACGAAGGCGUUCUAUCUCAAGCCCCAUGAAAGAGAGCUUGCACUGAGCCGCCUGCCCCCCAAGAACCCAGAAGGACACAACAUUGGGCUUCCUCUGCUGAAGAAGGUCCUAUUUACUCCGAAUUUCUGGAUUUUCAACAUCUUUUGGAUGAUCGGCGGCGCGCUAGAAGCCUUCUCUACACAAACUUGCAUGGUAUUGUGGAUGCGCGCGUCGGGGGAGUUCACUGUGCCGCAGAACAACACCUACCCGCUGGGCAUCACCGCUAUAGGUAUUGUCAUGACGCUGUGCACCUCCGUCGCUAUUGACGGCACCGGUGUGCAUGCCCCAUACGGCUUCUUCGCUUGCGGUGCGCAAAUCAUCAGCUGCAUCAUACUGCUCUGCUGGUCACAGGUGACCACUGGGGCCAAGAUGGCCGCGUACUAUCUCGCUGGAGUGGCGUACAUGAUCCAGCCCGUCGUGUUCACCUGGGCAAGCAAGGUUCUAUCAAGGGAUGGCGACGACGCAGCACGUGCUAUCACUCUGUAUGCCAUGAACGGUGCUUCAUCCGUCUUGUACGCUUUCUGGGGCAUUGCCUUGUACCCAGCAACCGAUGCUGGAACAGGCUUCUGGAAGGGCACAAUCACCAUGGUUGUCGUUUCUGUCAGCCUGGCUUUGUGGAUCUGCGUUGUCUGGUGGCAAGAUAAGAGAACCGCCAAGGAUCCCAUGGUGUCCCAGUACCUUGAGGAGAAGACGGCGGAAAGCCAGAUUGAACAGGCCUAA